AUGAUGGGUUCAGUAAUUGGCGACGACUUCUGUGCGGAUCCGACACCAGAAGCCGGUUAUUCAGCCUUUAAUUUAGCCGACCGUCUGGUGAUUGUCUCGCAUUACACCACCACUGGUGACAAGUAUUGGCUCUUUGACGCCAGCGCUAAGACUGUGACAAAGUCCUCAUUGGAUGGACUAAUGCCGGCCAUGAAAUUGGGCUCAACUUUUAGCGGACUAUUGUUUGCGAUGACAUUCAAAGGCGACCCAAGCGUACAGAAUAUAGACAACCAGAAGUUGAACAACUUGGUGAUAGUGGUGGGAACCGGUGGCAAACAAUUAGACUUUAAAUCGUACAGAAUUGAGGUGACGGGUGCCGUGACGGACAUAAUGUACACAUUGGAUAUGCCAUUUGGCUGGAAAUGCACGGGCAAUAUGAGUGGCGCCGGUAUAUUACCGAAAGUGGACCCCGAAAAGUUUGGCUAUUUGAGCGGUGCCUAUGACUCGGCCAAUAAUCGUAUGGCUGUCGUCACCGACAGUAUCAGCAAAAGUGGUUUUGUGUUUUGGGGCCAGAAGUUGAAUCUCCAGAGCGGAGUCCACGGCCACACUUCCACAACACCGACACCCAAAGUGACCAAAAAGUCAGACCCAUUUGUCGGUUCCCUUUUGUUUUACGUGAUAGUACUCGUCGUUAUACUACUUAUCAUUGGUCUCUCUGUGGCCGCACUCGCAGUGUUUCGGUCGAAAAGACAGUCAAAGACAGCACAUCCACCGCCAGAUGGACACGACAUUCAACCGCCAAAGAUUGUCGUCGACGACCAGUAA